CCACCUCCUCCUCCCGUCUUGACACCAACACUGCUGUCACCCACACCCCCAACCCUCUGGAAGAUCUGCCAUCUGAGUGCAGGGUGGGUUUUGGACUUCUCGGGACCUGGGUCCAGCCGUCUGUCUCUCCUCCCAGGAUUACAACAAAAACCCGUCAUGCCUCUGGGAACACCUGCCCCCCUAAACAAGCGGAAAAAGCCCUCCAAGAUCAUAACUGACCUAUCACAUAUCACUCAGGAUGAGUAUGAGUCGGAGCCAGAGGCAUCGGAGUUCGACCUGGGAACAAAGAUCAGGACUCCCAAAGACAUCAUGCUGGAGGAGCUUUCCCUGAUGAAGAACCGAGGCUCCAAGAUGUUCAAGAUGAGGCAGCAGAGAGUGGAGAAGUUCAUCUAUGAGAACAACCCAGACGUCUUCAGCAGUGAGUCGAUGGACAACUUCCAGAAGUUUGUUCCCUCUCUGGGAGGUCAGAUAGGAGGUCAGAUGAUAAACCUUGGUGGGCAUUUUGUUAGCAAGCAGGCUGAACAUCUGCAUUAUGGAGGGAUACACGGUGUAGGAGGAGCCCCUGUGCCUCCUCCAAAGCCUGGAAGCAAAGGUGCAGGAGGAGCAGGAGGUGUAGGAGGUGUAGGAGGUGCAGGAGGACUGGGUGGUGGCGACCUUGGAAAAGGAGAAGGAGCUAGUGAGUGGUCUCCACUAAAAGGAGGCGGAAGUGAUACUUUAUCAAAGAGGCAGAUGUAUGUGAAGACGUACGUGUCGCCAUGGGAGAAGGCAAUGAAGGGUGAUGAGAGUCUGUUAGCCACCCUGAAAGCAGCCAUGCCCGGUCCCAUUGAGCGAAAGGAGCUGCCCAAGUACAGAUGCUUCAACAGGUCUGCCAUGCCCUACGGCGGCUUCGAGAAGGCUAACCAGUUCCUGAAAUUCCAGCUGCCAGACUCUGAGGCAUCCAAACAGGAGCCUGAACCUGCAGUGGUGUACCAACAUGACAUCGGCUGCCGGCCUUCCUUCAACCGCACUCCCAUUGGCUGGGUGGGCAGCAGCGAGCCCAGCAGCAUUCAUAUGGAGAACGAUGCUGUGCCCUUCGAUGGAGAAACUGAUGAGCUGUGAAAAAAUAUUCAUAAUGUGACAAUGUUCACUGUGCACACACUCGCGGAAGCAUGAAUGCAUACAUACACUUUAGCACGCACACACAUCAUAGAUGAGCUUACAAUUAACUGUUAUACUGAUGAAUUUGAAUUUCUCAGCGUGGAUAACUGAAAGCGUACAUCAAAUGUGGUCAUGUUCUUAUCUUGCUCUGUAUUUGGUUUUAAGGCAAAGAAACAAGCUUAGACGUUGCAGGGAGAUAAAACAUCAAAUGUUUAUUUGUAAAGUUCGUAAGUGGAGUCUAAACAGUCCUUUGAUUUGUCAGAAAAGUUGUUGUCUGUGAAAAGUAGCAGAUUUUGUCAAUGAAGAAAGAAUGAAUCAUGUAUGAAGGAUAGAUUUAAGCAAUGUUACUGUUGUGCAUGCUGUCUUGAUGUCAACUUGUUACCAUAUUUAUUUCCCCAAGCCUUUUUUGUUGUUAAGAUUCUCUGAUCUUUUGAGCUAUGAAAAUGCUACAAACUUGUCUAAUUCAUGAUGCAUGCAUAGAAUCAUUAAUCAACAGUUUCUCCACAAUAAACCAUUUAAAACUGUAA